ACGUCAUAUUUACGUGAUGAUCAGGGUGUACGUGAGGUGCAACUCGAAGACGACCAACUACAUCGCCGCGACUCAGGCGACUGAAACGUUACAUCUAGCUGGAAGUUCAGAAGAAAGAGAAGAAGAUUCAGCCCGUCUUAAGUAACAUUGCCUUUAUUCGACGAUUUAGUAAAUACUAAAUUAUCAACAAUGAAGUUGCUGUGGGCUGUCAGUGCCCUGCUUUUGAGCUGUUUGCGAGCCAAUGCGUCCACAGCGGGCUUUAUCAAGUCUCCCCUGUCUCAGAUGAAGCUGAUCAGUGACAGCGCAGAGCUGCAUUGUGAGGUGAUAGGUAACCCCAUCCCUGAGGUGCAGUGGUGGUUUAUAGAGGGUGAAGAGCCCAACGAGACCUUCACCCAGCUCUCUGAUGGGGCACGGGAUGACCGUGUGCAAAUAAAUGCCACAUAUAUAGCGCACGCCACUAGCACCAUUCACCUCACAAGCCUCACCUUCAACGACUCGGGCACAUAUGAGUGCCGCGCUUCCAACGACCCUGACCGCAAUGAACUGAAGAAGACGCCAAAAAUCAAGUGGAUCCGCUCGCAGGCAAACAUUAUUGUCAUCGAAAACCCAAACAUCAUUACUGAACCUUCUGAAGUCACCAACCAGACCUCAGCCGUCCUUAGCUGCAACUUGACACUGCAGUUCAGCCUUACCAUCAAGGGCUCCCACUGGACGCACAAUGGCAAACUCAUUGAAACUUCCAAGUCCGUUGCUGCCACUCCCUACACAGUCCUCCGUUUGGACAAAAUCACUCACACUUCUGGUGGAAAGUACGAAUGUGUGUUCCUGACCGAUCCAGAGGUGAAGCAGACAAUUGAAGUCAAAACUCCUCCCCAUGUUGCUGCCUACAAGCACUCUGAGCAUGGCAACGAGAAGGACAAAGGGGUGCUGGUCUGUGUGAGCAAUAGCUACCCAUUGCCCACUGACUGGACCUGGUUCAAAGAGAAAGAUGGCGCCCAAAUCCCUAUCAUCAACGGCACUAGCGAGAAAUAUGAGAUAAAGAGCACCCCUAACAAGACCACGCUGGUCAUUGAGAACCUGAACAUCGAAGAAGACAUUGGAGACUACGUCUGCUCUGGAACCAAUGAACUUGGCACAGCCAGUGACAGGAUCCACCUGCGUGUCCGCAGUCGCUUGGCUGCUCUCUGGCCCUUCCUUGGCAUUGUGGCCGAGGUCAUCAUCCUGGUGACCAUCAUCUUCAUCUAUGAGAAGAGGAGAAAGCCUGAUGAGAUCACCGACGAUGAUGACUCAGGAGCUGCUCCUCUGAAGACCAAUUCUAAUGCAAAUCACAAAGACAAGAAUGUGAGGCAAAGGAAUUCUAAUUAGAAGCUGAAAGAGAUGGACAUCCAGAUGGCGGUCCAGGAUUCAGCCGUUGUGUGGCACAUUAUACUGUGCACCCUGCAAUUUUAAAUUACUUGUGCUUGGGUGUUAAAUGUUUUAAGAAAAUGAAAGAUUUCCUCAUUUUUUUUCCUUCUAUAUGCUUCUCCACAUUGUGCAGCCACAGAACAUAGUGUGAAGUAAUUUUCUGCUUGAGGCCGCAGGGCAAAUAUUGCAUGCAUUUAAUAGCAAAGUGUGUGUGUGUGUUCAAUGUAAAAUCAUUAGACAGUUCAUGUGAGGAAUGGCACGUUUGUGGUUUUCUUUCAUGCUGAUGCUUCCUGAUACACUGACCUCACAGUUGUCAGUCUUUGUUUUUAUAUUCUCCAAUCUGGGAUGGUGACUUGUAAUGCAGCACAAGUUCUGUUCAGAGCUUCAGAAACAUUUUGGUCCUGAUGCAUAACUGCCAUUAUUUUAGCAACUACUGGAGUGCGUUUGACCUGUCGCCACACCACCGCCAUCCUCAGCAGAGUUUUAUACUUACAAGCACCACUACAUUUUUGUGUGCAAAUGUGACACUUAAAAAUUUUUUAAAUCGAGCUUUUAUUUCCUUUUCCUGUUCACAUAUUUUAAACCGAGGUUUUAGUUACCAAUGUUUUUGUUGCCAAUGUCACAUCCAGAGUAAAAAGUAUAUUGUAAAGGACCAAGUGCAUAAGAUGUAACAUCUGUUGCUUCUGUUGAUUGCAACUUGAACUACGUACUGCUGUUUUAAUUUAGUACAGGUGAUAAACCGUUCAAUAAGAUGUUUUUUUUUUUUUUGUCACUCAAUGUGAUCUGAGACAUUUGUGUGCAAUUGUUGGACCGUCGAUCUCUGUUCCCUUCACUGUGUAGAUAUUCAGAAGCCAUGUGUUCCAUUUAACCUGAUUAGUGUUGUGAUUCGAUGUUUCAGUUACACAGAUAAAGACUUAGCCAGAGUUGUGUAAAUUGUUGUACCAUCCAAGUACAUGGAACACCACCAGUUUUACAACUUUCACAAACUGAAUAAAGCUAUUUGAUUUUA